CGCCGCGCGCUCAGGUGCCGGGGGAGGGGGCGCGCACGUGAGUCCGACGGCCGAGGGGAGGCAGGCAGGCAGCCAAGCGCGGGGACUACAAGUCCCAUGGUGCCCCGCCGCCCGGCCGCCCUCGCCAGUCGCGGGGUGGGGGAUCCCCGGCGUCCCCCCCGGGUGCGCUCCGGGAGCAGGGCGCGCCUCCGCCUCCCCCGCGCCGGCGUCCUCCUCCUGGGCGGCCCGGCUGGCCCGCGGCGCCCAUGCCCCUGCCCCUGGCUGCGGCGCCGGCACCGGGAGGAUGCUGGCCGCCUCCCUCGCCGGCCAGCCCAGCGCCGAGAGCCGCUUCCCGCUGCACGCCUUCGUCUGGCACGACCAGCCGGCCCUGCUGGAGCAGGCGCUCGACUCCGGGCAGGUGGACAUUGAACAACUAGACCCACGUGGCCGGACCCCUUUGCACCUGGCCACCACGCUGGGCCACCUGGAGUGUGCCCGUGUUCUACUGAGGCAUGGGGCCGAUGUGGCCAAAGAAAACCGGAGUGGCUGGACAGUGCUGCAGGAGGCAGUGAGCACACGUGACCUGGAGCUUGUCCAAUUGGUGCUGCGUUACCGUGACUACCAGAGGGCCAUCAAGCGCUUGGCUGGCAUCCCCAUCCUUUUGGAGAAGCUACACAAGGCUCAAGAUUUUUAUGUGGAGAUGAAAUGGGAAUUCACUAGCUGGGUCCCUUUGGUCUCCAAAAUCUGCCCUAGUGACACGUACAAGGUGUGGAAGUGCGGCCAGAACCUGAGAGUGGACACGACGCUGCUGGGAUUUGACCACAUGACGUGGCAGCGUGGGAACCGCAGCUUCAUCUUCAAGGGCCAAGACACCAGCGCAGUAGUGAUGGAAAUUGACCACGACCGACAAGUGGUCUACUUGGAGACUCUGGCUCUCGCUGCCAGUGACCAGGAGGGGCUUCUGGCCGCAGUCCAACCGACAGAAGAGCAGGUGAUGGGGCGACUCACAGCCCCCGUGGUCACCACACAACUGGACACGCGCAACAUUGCAUUUGAAAGGAACAAGACGGGUAUCUUGGGUUGGAGGAGCGAGAAGACGGAGGUGGUGAAUGGAUACGAGGCCAAGGUUUAUGGGGCUUCCAACGUAGAGCUGAUCACUCGGACGAGAACAGAACAUCUUCCAGAGCAGCACAAAGGGAAAAUCAAAGGCAGCAAAACCCCCCUGCAGUCAUUCCUUGGCAUUGCAGAACAACACGUGGGCCCCAACAAUGGGGCCCUGAUCACGCAAACCCUGAGCCAGGCCAACCCCACCGCCAUCACGCCGGAGGAAUACUUCAACCCCAGUUUUGAGCUGGGAAGCCGGGACAUGGGGAGGCCGAUAGAGCUGACCACCAAGACCCAGAAGUUCAAAGCCAAGCUGUGGUUGUGCGAAGACCACCCGCUGUCGUUGGCCGAGCAGGUCGCCCCCAUUAUCGACUUGAUGGCCGUCAGCAACGCCCUCUUUGCCAAGCUCCGGGACUUCAUCACACUACGGCUGCCCCCGGGCUUCCCCGUCAAGAUUGAAAUCCCAAUCUUCCACAUCCUCAACGCUCGCAUCACUUUUGGGAACCUCAAUGGCUGUGAUGAACCGGUGGUCUCCGUUCGUGGCACUGGCAGCCCUGGCAGCGAUGCCCCCUCCCCGGGCAGUGACCGGUCCAGCAUCAGCAGUUCUAGCUCCCUUGGCUCUUGCCGGUGCUUUGAAAUGGACCCAUCCUUGUUUGAGGCUCCACGGGGCUACAGUGUGGUCGGGAGCCACCCGGAGCCCCUGCGGGAGGACGAAGAUGACCUGCUACAAUUUGCCAUCCAGCAGAGUCUGCUAGAAGCUGGGAGUGAAUAUGAUCAGGUUACCAUUUGGGAAGCACUGACCAAUAGCAAGCCCGGCACGCACCCUGCUUCCCAGGAGGGGAGUAAAGCAGAUAGGACACCCCAGCACACGCCACGCCGGAGGCCUGCCACUCCCCAGAAGCCGGUGCCCACCGGGGGCAAGGGACCUAGCCAAGCUGUGCCCCCCAGUUACGCCGAGCAGCUGCGCUUGGCCAUGGAGCUGUCUGCAAAGGAGCAGGAAGAGGCAGAACGGCGCUCCCGCCAGGAAGAGGAGGACUUUGAACGGAUUCUGCGCCUUUCGCUGGCUGAACAAUAGCGUUGGCACAUGGCAGGGGGGCACCCAUGCCCAGUCUGCAAGGGGCGCCAAAGCUAACGGACUGGGCCUUCCUCUCCCCCCGCCCCGCAGCUACUCAAAGAGCUAAUGCACAGAAGCUGGGGGGAGGGACUAGAGGGGGCCAGCAGCAUCGCAUCAGGUGAGGGUCUUUUCCAGACCACUGUUGGAAAAGACCGCUUGGGAUCUGAACCGUCUACCAGCCCAUUGCACAGAGCGGGGGCUCAACAGGGAAUCGGGGGGGGGGAGGGGAGAGUGGGGGACACACCAAAUGCAUUCCACCCUCCCCCAAAGAAACACUGAGCCAUUUAAUACUGCCUCCCUUCUCGCUCCCUUCGGUAAGGAGAGGCAGGUAAGUCUUAAUUAACCUGAGUCGUGCAGUUAGACUAGCUUCCCACCCCACCACUUGUGUGUGGGGGGGUCACUUAUAGUAUCCAGGAGGUAAAAGCUUAAUCCCCCCCCUGCCCCUCCCUCUGCGGUCUCUGAGCUUAGAGCAAUGUGACAGCUUCGUUCUUCGCCCAGAGGAAGCAGCCGCCCAUCUCUAUGAUCAAGAGUUCUGAGACAGGUUGUAUUUCCGCUGUUCUUUUUGUCUGCAGGUAAAAGCAUGGAAUGUAGUGUGAUGGGGAAAAUUCGAGCCUUCAUUUUAAAAAAAGGACCAAGAGAGCCAGCGUGGUGUAGUGGUUAAGAGCAGGUGCACUCUAAUCCAGAGAACUGGGUUUGAUUCCCCGCUCUGCCGCUUGAGCUGUGGAGGCUUAUCUGG